CCAGAGUGGAAUGCCUCGUGUAAUGGCCAACCAGCAGGAAUCCUGUUCCAACAGCUUCGGCAACACAAUUCUUUCUAUUCCAUUAAUAACUUCACUAUUAACAGGUGGAAAGUCCUUGCUUGUAAAUGUGUUGCUGUGGUGGCAUUUACUGCAAGGUCUUAAUUGAAGAUUUACCAUAAACAUGUACAUUAAAGUUGACUACAUUUCCAUUAGGCUACAGGAUAGUAAGAGGGAAUAUGAAUGAUUUGAUUAUUUUAUAAAAAUACUUCUUUUAAUCGCGAUGACAGACGCCUCCGCAGUAGGGAAACGCCGACCGGAGGUGAGAAAAAAUGGCAAAAGUUGCUCUACAGACUCUACACGUUUCGGACAGGGGCCAAACACAGGCAUAUCUGUCCUUCGUCAGGAGCUCAGACCCCUCUGCAUGCAUGGCUAGAAGAUAAUAUAUACUUAAGGUGCAUUAUAGAGUACUUUAACAGUACAGAAAGCAAACAUUAAAAAAACUUUCAGAUCCACAAAAUAAUGUUCCAUAACGCUAAGUGGUGUUUGUAGAUUACAAGUAACACGAACAAAUUACUAAUAACGGAUUAAGUCAACAAGAGCGGUGUUUGUACUUGGUGGUUUUUCCAAUGAAAGCAUUUGGUUCUACCUCUGGAAUGUGGAAUUUCCACCACUGGAACGUGAAAUCUCACAACUAGCUUGAUACCACUCAUUAAGUUGCGCACUUCCCAAUGCUUCUUUGAGCCGGAGGGCACCGACACGGUGCGUAUGCUACAGCGAGGCUGAUUCACGAACCGCAAUUGCAGGUGAGAGGGGGCACUGAUCAUCAUCAAUCACUUCUGGCGGACUUGAUGCCAUCUCAUGCCAUCAUCGUGCACAUUGACAACACUCAAUUGUAAUCACUCUACUGGCCGGGACAAGAGCUCACCAAGAAGACCACUCUGGCCGCUCCGGUCGCAGUGCAGGCUGGCUGCCGACUGUCUCAGUACAACCAACAGCUGCCACAAAAUUAUGACAAACCAGAACAAUAUGACCGUAGGUCUUCCCAAAUAAACUGGGCCUCACAGAAUAGUCAGAUGUUGCAAAGAGACCAGGUACCACAAACUCACAAUAAGCCAUCACUAAAAUACCAGCAGCUGCAACCCGAACAGAUGUCACAAAUCAACCACCGGCUGUUAAUACAUGACUGCAUCGCACGAACUGAGCAAGUGUUGCAGAACAGCCGAUUGUCACAAAAAGACCAGGUGGCAAAAAUUAUCCAGCUUUCACAACAUAAUGGCAAGCCAUCGCAAAAAGCUCAGUCUUCACAAAAAGACCACAUUUUACAGAUCAACCACUGGGCAUCAAAAUAUGACUGCGUGUCACAAACUCAGCAGGCCUCACGUAAAGUGGCACAAACUAAAAGCAGUCCCCAAAACGGAGAGGUGUCACGAAGCCAGAAAGGGGUGACACAAAACCGGUUCCCACUGCGCACCGACAAUGCGAGGAGCUUCACAGCAGUGGCGGCGGUGGACGCGACACCGUCCCCACCGCUGCCACCGCCAUUCUCACGAUUCUACCCCGCACAGCGUCAGCCUCACCCCAGCAAGGGGAGCUCGGUGGCGGCCCCAGGAAAGACGAGGCCAGGAAAGACGAGGCCAGGCUCUGCACAAGUCUCGCGGCGGCCGUCCGUUCAGACGCUCACUUCCCCACGUGAGGAGGCAAAGAGUCGCUCGACAGCUACCACCGCCGCCACCUCCGCCGCCACCUCCGCCGCCACCUCCGCCAUCCUGGUGACGAGCAGGUCACUGCCGGACCGGAUGGAGGGUAUGCCUGUGGUUGGGUCACCUGUGGCAGGCGAAAGGCCCGUGGUGGGCGACCUGCGCGUGGCGGGGAGAAGCCUGGACCUGGCCCAGAGGCCGGUGGGCAGCACGCAGCACGACCUCACGGGAGACGGAGCCCAGGAUGAGUUCCGGCACCUUCCACAUCUCCUCCAGCGCUGGCGCGGACUGGAUGUGGGGCCCUGCCGUGGUGUGUCGGCACGCCCGCCCUGCCUUCUCGCCGCCAUCAAACCGCGCAAUGUGCAGCGCGAGCGCGGGCGCUUCGUGCGCGCCGGCUUCGCAUACAACCCGCGCUUCGAGUAUGCGAACCCCGCUGAUCCCGCGCUGCUUGCGCGCUAUGCCACGCCGUCGCACUGCUUCCUGCCGCAGGCUGUGAGCAUCCUGGAGCGUACACUGAGCCGGUACGGCAGCUACGAGCACUUUGAGCAGGACAUGGGGGGCGACGUGCUGUCCCCUCGCCGCAUCUGGGCUCACGUGCGCACCUACAUGGAGAAGGAGGGCUGCCUCGGCGAGGUGGUGGUGAGCCUGCACGACGACCUGCUGUCGCGUGCCUCCAUGACAGUGCAGAAUGGUCGCCCCACGCUAUGCAUUAACACGGCAGCGGCGCGUGAGCACUGGCUCGAGGGGAUGCUGCAGCACGAGAUCGGCACACACUUCCUGCGGGGGCUGAAUGGCGCCCGCCAGCCGUGGGGACGCCCGGGCGGGCGGCGCCGCUUUACGCUGCGCCCGGCGAACCCCACGGAGGAAGGGCUGGCAAGCGUGCACAGCGUGUUGCACCGCCGUGACCCUUUGCUGUGGCGCGCCGCGCUGCUCUACUACACCAUAAACCGCGCCGCCCACCUCUCCUUCUCCGCACUCUUCGCGGAGCUCGGCCGCUUCGUGCGUGACCCAUCCACACGAUGGGAGUAUUGCCUCCGUGCGAAGCGCGGCCAGGAGGACACUUCCGUGCCGGGUGAGCAUCAGCAUUGUGUUAAAGUCGGGCGUGUGAGACUCGACGAAUCGGGGUGCACUGGUGGCGCAGCGGUUAGUACGUUGACUGAUGAACUCGUGAGCAUAUUGUGUAGGGCGGUGGCAACGGUGGUUAUUUUGCACUGUGCUGUGAAUGUGGUGACCUGAGUUAGAUUACUGGCUACGGCGAACAGUGGUAUUUACAUCUUGAUUUAGAGCUUUCGUGACUGCAGGAAUUCAUACUCUGUGGGUCUUUCGGUAAAG